AACGGUUACUUCCUGUAGAUGGAAACAGGAAACGAGUUUCCAUAUAUAAGGAACAGAUAACUCUCAUAACUUCCUGUUCAUCCAUAAACUUGGAAGCACAUGUUUUCUCUUGGAACAGUAAAUAUAUUCUCUAUGAAGGAUUAAUUGGAAGAAAUUGUUGGUAUUACAGGAAAGAGGAGACGUGUUGUUAGGGACUGAGUUAAUAUCUGAUGUAGAUUUGAGAUUUAAAAAAUGAAAUUGCAUAAAACAGCCUCCAAGACUCCAUCUGGGCCAUCGUCUUCGUCAUCAGUUCCACGGACGUUUAAUAGUGUUGGAAAGAAAAAGAAAAACUUUAAGUACAAAAACACAAAGAACGAUAAAAAUAAUAAUAAGCACGAUGAUAAGAGACAUGGCAAAUUUGUUCACAAAUCUAAGCAGAAAUGGAAAAGGACGAAGAAAAAGAAGAAAGUAAAUGAAAAGGAAAAGAAAACUGUAUUAAAUGGUGAUAAUGAAAAGAAGACGAAAGAUGUCGAUAAGAGACAUAGUCAGACCAAUAAAUCCAUGGCAGAAAAAACAGAAUCUGGAGGUAUAGGACUUUGCUAUAUUCCAACUGAUCCGGCAGAAUGUUCUAGUAACUGGAAAAAGUUAUCUGCGACAAUUCUUGGGUCAAGUCUGCAAGAAGAAACAACCACAGACAAGAAGAAGAAGUUAAUAGGGGUUCCUGAUUCACAGCUGAAAGUAGUAGGGAUCCAUGGAAAUGUGUUGCUCAAUGGCAAUAGUGUACAGAAGAGUAAUGUCAAGAAGAAAGAAGAGAAGAUGCAAGAGACAUCCAUCAUCAAAAAAGCUGAUAUCUGGUUUGAUGAUGUAGACGAGGCACUGAUUGAACCUGCAGCCCUUUGUGAAGAACCUGUUGAAUCUGAGAUGAAGCUGAUACAAGCCACUGCUUCCAGCAAGGUGACAACAUGUGUGGCAGUUGACUGUGAAAUGGUUGGCACUGGUGAAUCAGGUAAUGAUGAUAUGCUGGCUCGAGUAUCUGUGGUCAACCAGUAUGGACAUUGUCUUUAUGAUAAAUAUGUGAAACCUAUGGCAGAGAUUACAGAUUAUCGAACACGUUUUAGUGGAAUCACACCCAAUUUACUCAAGGAUGGCACAGAAUUCAAAACUGUACAGAAAGAUGUCGGUGACUUCAUCAAGGAUCAUAUACUGGUGGGCCAUGCGUUACACAAUGACUUCAAGGUGUUGUACAUGGAUCACCCAAAGCAGUUGAUUCGAGAUACAGCUAAAUACAAACCUUUCCGCAAACUCAAUCGCAGUCACACUCCAUCCCUGAAAAUGUUGGCAAGGGAGGUUCUUGGAAUCACAAUCCAGCAGGGAUCUCAUAAUUCUGUGAUUGAUGCACAGGUUGCAAUGAAACUUUACAUGAAACAUAGAAAGGACUGGGAAUCCAGAUUGAAACACAAAAAGCUGAAACUGAAACAGAAGAGGAAACAAAUGAAAGAAACGAAGAAGAAGAAUAAAGUGAAGAAAUGAAUAAAGUGAAAAUGUGAUUUGUUAGCUCUGAA